CCUCCGCCCGGGCCCCCGCCCCCACCUCCCCCCGGGCCCCUUCUCCCUCCCCAUCUUCGGCAGCUGGCUCCAGCUCGGCAACGCCUUCGACCAGCACGACCUCGCCGCCCUCUCCCGCCGCUUCGGCGACCUCUUCCUCCUCCGCAUGGGCAGCCUCCCCAUCUCCGUCGUCUCCUCCCCCGCCCUCGCCAAGCAAAUCCUCCUCACGAAAGGAAAAGAAUUCGGGUCCCGCUCCCGCAACAUCGUCUUUGACAUCUUCACCGGGAAAGGCCAAGACAUGAUCUUCACCGAAUACGGCGACCACUGGCGCAAAAUGCGGCGCAUCACCACCGCCCCCUUCUUCACCGCCAAGGCCGUCCUCCACUACCGCGCGGAUUGGGAGGCGGAGGCGGAGGCGGUGGUGGAGGACGUUAAGAAAAACCCAAAGGCGGCGGUGGAAGGGGUGGUGCUGAGGAGGAGGUUGGAGCUGAUGGUGUAUAACAAUGUGUAUAAGAUGAUGUUUGAUAAGAGGUUUGAGUGUGAGGAGGAUGAGAGGUAUGUGAGGUUGAAGAGUGUGAAUGCGGAGAGGAGUAGGUUGGGUCAGAGUUUGAACUAUAAUUUUGGGGAUUUUAUACCUAUGUUGAGGCCAUUCUUGAGGGGGUAUUUGAAGCUGUGCAAGGAGGUGACUAGGAGGAGGUUGGACUUGUACAAGGAUACUUUUCUUCAAGAGAGGAAGAAUAUUUCAUCCACAAAAAAGAUAGAACACAAGGGCUUGAAAUGUGGUGUUGAUCACUUUCUUGAAGCUCAACGUAAUGGAGAGAUCAAUGAAGACAAUGUUCUUUACAUUGUUGAGAACUUGAAUGUUGCGGCGAUCGAGACAACUGUUUGGGCACUAGAAUGGGCAAUCGCGGAACUCAUCAACCACCCCGAAAUCCAAGACAAGCUCCGAACCGAGAUCAAUGCGACCCUAGGCCCAGGACACCAAGUGACCGAGUCGGAGACUACCAAACUCCCAUACCUUCAAGCCGUGAUCAAAGAAACUCUUCGCUAUAGAAUGGUUGUCCCGUGCCUACUCCCUCACAUGAACCUCCACCAAGAAAACCUAGGAGGGUUCGACAUCCCGGCAAAGAGUCGGGUCCUAGUCAACGCGUGGUGGAUGGCCAAUAACCCGGCCUAUUGGCACAAGCCGGAAGAGUUUAGGCCAGAAAGGUUCUUGGAAGAGGAGUCUAAGGUUGAUACAACCGGGAAUGACCUCAAAUACGUCCCGUUUGGUGUAGGACGUCGGAGCUGCCCAGGCAUUGUCAUUGCAAUGCCCGUUUUAGGCAUCACUUUGGGCAGGCUCGUGCAGAAUUUCAAGCUUCUGCCACCGCCCGGGCAGUCAAAAGUUGAUACCACCGAGAACAACGGGCAGUUUGCCACCCGGAUUUUGAAGCAUUACACAGUCGUUAUGAAGCCGAUAAAUUAAUGCCUGAGGCAUUUUUUUUAUCAAAAUAAGGUUACAACCACAUAAAUAAUAUUGGUGAGAGUUCUUGACUAUAAUAUUUCUAAAUUACUUUGUAAGCUCUACAACUUUGAUCACCAAAUUUAGAUUUCCUUUUUCCCCUUAAUUACAUGUGGUCGUUAUAAACAUGUACCAGUUAUAGCUAUUUGAAAAAUGAUGUACUAUUAAUAUAGUAUAUCUUUUGUAUCAAAAUUUACUACUCCAUAUAUCAGUACAA